UGUGUUUCUGUCUCUGUUCUGAACUCCGUUUGGGUUUUGACUCUUUUUAACCCUUCACUCUAACUUUGUGUCUGUGUGUUAGCAGUUAGCCUGAGCUGACCUGUUUCCGGGUUUUAACCGUGAACAGAACCGGUCUCAGAGAGUCUCAGAGCCGCCUUUUGUUAGCUCACCUGUUCUCAGGUGUUCUUUACCUGGAGGUGAUUCAGAGUUUUAUCAGCAGUUUGUGUCUAAUAACUGAGAUGCAGGUGCUCGUGAUGAUGUCACUUCCGGUUGUGUGUUACUUCCUGUUGUCUCUACUGGCGGCUGAGGCAGCGCCGGCAGCCGACGAGGUGGCCUACCUGCCCGGUCUGCAGAAACAACCGAGCUUCAAACAAUACUCAGGAUACCUGACAGUACCUGAGGGCAAACACCUGCACUACUGGUUCGUGGAGUCCCAGAAAAACCCGUCAUCUGAUCCGGUGGUUUUGUGGUUGAACGGCGGUCCGGGCUGCAGCUCUCUGGAUGGACUGCUGACAGAACACGGGCCGUUUCUGAUCCAGGACGAUGGCGUGACGCUGCAGUACAACCCGUACUCCUGGAACAAGAUCUCUAAUGUACUGUACCUGGAGUCUCCUGUGGGCGUCGGCUUCUCGUACUCUGACGACAAGAAUUACAUCACCAACGACACUGAGGUGUCUAUGAACAACUACCUGGCCCUGAAGGAGUUCUACCGUCUGUUCCCAGAGUUCAGCAAGAACGAACUCUUCCUGACCGGAGAAAGUUACGGAGGAAUCUACAUCCCAACACUCGCAGAGAGGGUGAUGGAGGACGCCGCGCUGAACCUGCAGGGCGUGGCGGUAGGGAACGGGAUGGCGAGCUACGAGCUGAAUGAUAACUCUCUGGUGUUCUUUGCGUACUACCACGGGCUGCUGGGAACCCGACUAUGGAGCGAGCUGCAGAUGUUCUGCUGCACAGACGGAACCUGCAACUUCUACAACAACCAGAACCAGAACUGCUCUGCCGGCCUGGCCGAGGUUCAGGACAUCGUCUACAGUUCAGGACUGAAUAUGUACAACCUGUACGCUACGUGUCCAGGCGGAGUCCGCCACAGAGUCAGUGUUGAUGGAGGCAAGCUGGUGAUCAGAGACCUGGGGAACUCUUUCAUCAACCAUCCCUCGACUCAUCUGUGGAACCAGUUGCGAGGUCUGGCAUCUCUUCACCUGUCGGUGCGACUGGACCCCCCCUGCACUAACUCCACCCCCUCCACCCUCUACCUGAACAACCCGUAUGUCAGAGCUGCUCUACACAUCAGCCCCAAGGCCCUGGACUGGGUCAUCUGCAGCGCUGAGGUGAACCUGAACUACGGGCGUCUCUACCUAGACGUCAGGAAACAGUACCUGAAGCUGCUCUCUGCUCUGAAGUACCGGGUCCUGGUGUAUAACGGGGACGUGGACAUGGCCUGUAACUUCCUGGGGGACGAGUGGUUCGUGGAGUCUCUGCAGCAGCAGGUGGAGGUGCAGCGGCGUCCGUGGCUCUACGACGAUGACGACGGUCGGCAGGUCGGCGGCUUCGUCAAAGAGUUUGAUAACAUCGCCUUCCUCACCGUCAAGGGUUCUGGUCACAUGGUUCCAUCAGAUAAACCAAUUGCUGCCUUCGCCAUGUUCUCCAGAUUCAUCAAGAGACAACCCUACUGACCUCUGACCCUCCCUCUGACCUCUGAUCCUCCCUCUGACCUCUGAUCAUCACUGCCAGCUGAUCAGCAUCUUCUGCUCUGUAUUGCCUGGAAACAGGAAAUUAAACCUCAGCCAAUCACGUCGCUUCACUUAUCCAUCUGUUGUAAUGUGAAAUCUGUUUCUGUUUUUAAAGAUUCUGAAAAUAAAAUCUGAUCUUUAACUCGA